GGAGCAAUUUACCCGAUGGUGCAAUUAAUAGUUUUCUUCCACCAAUCCCUGCCUAAGAACAUCGCCAGGGGCACUGUCGUGAUUGCACCUGCAUAUGCGUGCAAUUCUGCACCGAACCAUGCGCACCAUCCGUUCCUCGCGUGGAUAAUGGCGGGGAAGCGGACUUCUCUAGUCAAUUGGCAGCGGUGUGUAUAAAGGGGGAGAUGAUCUAGUGCUUGAAAGGCAGUACACCCUCGGAGCAGCGUUUAUUUACCAUGAAGCUGCAGUUCCUGCUGUCAUGCUGGGCGAUUUUGGUCGCCCAGAUCCAGGCGACCACAGAUGGUCUCACCGAUCUGGUUGCCUGGGAUCCUUAUAGUUUGAUUGUCAAUGGAAAUCGCCUCUUUGUCUACUCUGGGGAAUUCCACUACCCCAGGCUGCCGGUUCCAGAGCUGUGGUUCGAUGUUUUUCAGAAGAUGCGCGCGAAUGGUUUCAACGCUGCUAGUCUAUAUUUCUUCUGGGACUAUCACUCGCCGAUUAAUGGAACGUAUGACUUUGAGACCGGCGCACACAAUAUUCAGCGCUUGUUUGACUAUGCGAAAGACGCCGGAAUUUAUAUCAUCGCACGUGCCGGGCCUUACUGCAACGCCGAGUUCAAUGCAGGCGGUCUGGCUUUAUAUCUCAGCGACGGAAGUGGUGGCAAGUUGCGAACCAGCGACGCGACUUAUCACCAGGCGUGGGCUCCUUGGAUUGAGCGCAUUGGCAAGAUCAUUGCGGACAAUUCCAUCACUAACGGCGGUCCGGUCAUUCUUAAUCAAAUUGAGAAUGAGCUUCAGGAAACCACCCAUUCUUCGACCAAUACUCUGGUUGAGUAUAUGGAGCAGAUCGAGGAAGCAUUCCGAGCUGUCGGUGUGGAUGUUCCAUUCAGCAGCAACGAGAAAGGCGAACGGUCUCGUAGUUGGUCGACCGACUAUGAAGACGUCGGCGGUGCGGUCAAUGUCUAUGGUCUAGACUCGUAUCCUGGAGGUACCAGUUGCACAAAUCCUUCAACAGGAUUCACUGUCUUGCGGAACUACUACCAAUGGUUCCAGAACACCAGCUUCACCCAGCCCGAGUACUUUCCCGAGUUUGAAGGUGGUUGGUACUCUCCCUGGGGUGCUGAUUCAUUCUAUGACCAGUGCACGAGCGAGCUGAGCCCACAGUUUGCCGACCUCUACUAUAAGAACAACAUUGGUCAGCGGGUGACAAUCCAGAACCUAUAUAUGCUGUACGGGGGAACAAACUGGGGUCACUUGGCUGCGCCCGUGGUGUACACUUCAUACGAUUACAGUGCGCCCCUCAGCGAGACCAGACAGGUCAGGGACAAGAUGAGCCAAGCGAAACUCAUUGGCCUGUACACGCGGGUAUCAUCUGGUCUGCUGGGCGCAGAAAUGGAGGGCAACGGUACCUCCUACACAUCGACCACAUCGGCAUAUACGUGGGUGCUGCGAAACCCCAACACAACCGCCGGCUUCUAUGUUGUUCAGCAGGCCACAACCUCCUCCCAGACAGAUCUCACGUUCUCUUUGGAUGUGACGACCUCGGCUGGUGCUGUUACCUUACCGAACAUUAACUUACAGGGGCGCCAAAGCAAGAUAAUCUCAACGGAUUAUCCCCUCAGACACAGCACGCUCCUUUAUGUCUCCACUGAUAUUGCAACAUACGGCACCUUUGGAGACACGGAUGUCGUGGUGCUCUAUGCGCGUGCUGGACAGACUGCCUCUUUUGCCUUCAAGAACGCGACCAAGCUGACGUUCGAGGAAUACGGCGCCUCAGUGAAUUUGACCAGCAGCUCAGGGAACCGGACAACCUCGUACUCGUACACUCAAGGUACUGGUACUAGUGUCGUAAAGUUCUCCAACGGGGCCAUCUUCUAUCUCUUGGAAACCGAGACUGCGUUCCGAUUCUGGGCGCCCCCUACCACGACAGACCCCUAUGUGACGGCAGAGCAGCAAAUCUUUGUGCUCGGUCCGUACCUGGUACGCAACGCCAGUCUAUCUGGGGGCGUUGUGGAACUCAUAGGAGACAACGACAAUGCCACGACGGUAGAAGUGUUUGCCGGCUCCUCCGCGACUGGCGUAACAUGGAAUGGCAAGGAGGUUUCUGUGAACAAGACGGAAUAUGGCAGCCUUGUGGGAUCGAUCAGUGGCGCCGACAGCACAAUUGAGCUUCCCGCUCUGACAGGAUGGAAAGUUCGGGACUCUCUACCAGAACUCCAGUCUUCCUAUGACGACUCCAAAUGGACGGUGUGCAACAAGACGACCACAUUGAGCCCGGUCGACCCACUCAGUCUUCCAGUUUUGUUCGCAUCCGACUAUGGGUACUACACCGGUAUCAAGAUCUAUCGCGGUCGGUUCGAUGGCGCCAACGUGACUGGGGCGAACUUGACGGCACAAGGAGGUGUGGCCUUUGGUUGGAACGUCUGGCUAAAUGGCGAUCUCGUGGCCACCUUCGAGGGCGAUGCUUCCGAGACAUCAUCCACCGCGGAUCUUGACUUUUCCAAUCAAACGUUGAAGCAAACGGACAAUCUGCUCACGGUCGUGAUCGACUAUACCGGCCACGACGAAACGUCGACUGGUGACGGCGUGGAGAACCCUCGCGGUCUUCUUGGAGCAACGCUCAAGGGAGGCAGCUUCACGAGUUGGAAGAUCCAAGGAAAUGCAGGAGGUGCCGCUGGAGCCUAUGAGCUUGACCCCGUCAGAGCACCGAUGAACGAGGGUGGUUUACUCGCCGAGCGUCAAGGUUGGCAUCUUCCAGGAUACCAAGCCAAUGCAUCUGACGGGUGGACGGAUGGAUCACCUCUCGACGGCCUGAACAAGUCUGGAGUCGCCUUCUACCUCACGACCUUCACGCUCGACUUCCCCUCGGACUAUGACGUCCCCGUCGGUAUCCAAUUCACCUCUCCAUCGACAGUCGAGCCCGUGCGCAUCCAGCUGUUCAUAAACGGAUACCAAUACGGCAAAUAUGUUCCUGUGCUAGGGCCACAGACCACAUUCCCCAUUCCACCUGGUAUCAUCAAUAACCGCGGCACGAACACCAUCGGACUCAGCUUGUGGGCGCAGACGGAUGCAGGUGCCUAUUUGGAGAACAUUGAGUUAGUCAGUUAUGGGGCGUAUGAGAGUGGGUUUGAUGCGGGGAAUGGAACGGGCUUUGAUCUUAAUGGAGCAGAGUUGGGUUAUCAACCUGGGUGGACGACUGCUCGGUUGCAGUAUACUUGAGUGAGAAUGUGAGGUGGAUGUAUAUAUUUGAGAACAUAGGGGGAUGGGGGGACGGAGUGGA